AGUGCUAUUUCACUAUUUUUGACACAUCUCCGAUUCCAAUAAAAACAAAUCAACUUCGUCUAAGCAAAGAAGCAAGAUUUACUCAAACUUAAAAAUUCACAACAUUAAGCGGCUGAAUUUCCCAAGUUUGUAAACAAAAUUGGGUCCAAAUUGUAGCUAUAUUCAGCACAGAAACCAGAACGAGCGUUAAAAAUGACACGCGGCAACCAACGCGACCUGGCACGCCAGAAGAACCAGAAGAAACUGGCGGACUCCACCAAGGGAAAGCGCACGGAUAACCUCACCGUGGAGCAGAGGAAGGCCAGGGACGCAGAAUUGAUGCGGGAGAAGCAGAAAAAAAAGGAGGACGCCGCUGCCGCCGGCCCAAGCAAAUAGUCAACCCAAACCCACUGGUUUUGCCAGGAUCUUCGAAUCCGAAUGCAAAUCCAGGCAGUUUAGGCAUAUAGUCAGUCGUUCGUCAGCCAAGACCCCGAUUCGCCCCAGGACCUAGGAUAGUCGACCACAUGGUUUAAUUGUACACGAAGCAACAGACAAGCAUACAUUUCAACGCUACAACACAUUGAUAUUACCGGGCUGUACAGCACGCGACAUAGCAAUAGCAAUACUUAAAUAGGUGCCACCCAAGGACUUUGAUUUAAAUUGCGAUUCGGUUCCGGUUUUCGUUCUCGUUCAAUUGCAGUGCUGCUGUGCGAUAAAUAAGUACUUUUAUUUCUUCACCUACCUGACUAAAUUAUUUACUGUAAUGUAUAUAUAUAAAUUUUCAAAUAAAACAUAAUAUGCAGCCGCCAGAAAAAAAUUA